CUCAGUACGACGCUUGAACCGUGAAGAAGCCAGAUUAUGUGACAGCUGACUGUUUACUAAGAUUGUGGUUGAAGAGGGUUUGGAUCAUAAGGGCAUCUUGGCUUCGUUUUGAUUCAAACACCUUAAAGUGUUUACAGACGUUCGUCUGAAUGGCUCGAUACCACAUAAUGCGAGACUGCCGCUGUUUUUAAGGUCUUUAAAGCAGAAGUCAAAACCGAUGAGUGGCCAAAAACGUGAGGGAAAACUGGAAAUUUGAGUUUUUAUUAAAUCCAAGGCAUGCCUGCAUUUCUUCAAGAUUUGUAUCUCUCAUCAGAUAUCCGCAAGGAAAACAUUAGCCAUCCAGCAAUCUGAAGUUUUCUACAUUUAGUUUUCUACAAUUUUGCUUACGAUUCAUAUAGACUUGUUUCCCAAUGUCAUUUUUCUUAUUGUAUUUUAAAACUAAUUCGGUUUUUGCCAUAAUUUCUUGUAUCAUUUAACAAUAUUUUAUUUCUUUCGUACACCACUGUCAUGGAGAUUACACUUCAUAAUCCCAACUCUUCCCUACCACCGCCUUUCCCAAUAAAACCAGCGAUGGCUCCGUCUGUACAGCUUGGAGUGACUAUACUUUAUACAUGUCUUUAUGGGGGUUUGUUCUUGAUAGUAUAUGUUCAGCUUUGGUUGCUUUUACUCUACCGACACAAAAGGUGGAGCUACCAGAGUGUUUUUCUUUUUCUCUGCCUGUUUUGGGCAGCCCUUCGUACAACCCUUUUUUCUUUUUAUUUUGCUGAUGCCAUUGCGGCUAAUCAUCUGCCCACUCCAGUAUACUGGCUCCUCUACUGUUGCCCGGUGUGUCUACAGUUUUUCACUCUGAGUCUCAUCAAUCUGUAUUUCACCCAGGUUUUGCUCAAAGUUAGAGGAUUGUUCAGCAUUGAACCCAACAAAGGAUUGUGUUUGGCUCGGUGUGUGUAUGCAGCUAUGAGUGCUGUGUUCUUGUGUGUCAACAUGGUUUGUGCCAGCCUUGGUGAACGUGGGGGAACAGGAGGAGUGCGGGACAAAACAUGGAGUCUGGUUCUAGUUCGAGUCCUGGUGAAUGACCUGCUUUUCAUCUUGGGGGCUGUGUGUCUAGCCACGUCCCUGCUCCUUCUGACUCGAUAUUCCCCCUCCACUAGCCCUUAUCUACACAGCAAGGGGACCACUGUUUGCCGGACAGCAGUUUUGGGAGCAGGUGUAAUUCUGCUCUUCUCAAGCAGAGCAUGUUAUAACCUGGCUGUGCUCAUCCUGUCCCAGAAUCGACGAGUAGAGUCUUUUGGAUUUGACUGGUACAACAUUUCAGAUCAGGCUGACCUUCGUAGUGAACUUGGAGACACAGGCUACAUAGUAUUCGGUGUUAUUCUUUUCAUAUGGGAGCUUCUACCAACCAGCCUGCUCAUUCUCAUCUUCAGAGUACCACUUCCCAUUCAAGAAACGAAUUGCAGUCCAGCAAUUACUACGAGGGGACCACGCUCUUAUUUCUUUGAUGACCCACAAGGGAUGGAUGGUGACACAGGUGCUUCUUGGUCACAUGGCAUUCGUCCUAAUAACAGCUGGUUUGGCUCUAGUGAGACAACGCCACUACUAUUCAACAGAAUGGAUCAGACCAACCAGCACCACUCACUCUACUCAACCCCUCAGACCUGAGUUCUCCUCUGGAGCUGUGUUUCUAGGCAUUGACACUGACUUCUUAGGAAAUACUACAUCAGUACCUCAUCCUAAGACCAAUAGGUAUUAUUUGCACUGAAACUGUAUGUAGCCUUGCACAUUGUAUCUUGGUUUAAUCAAAUUGAUAAUAGAACUAAGAGAUUCAUCUAACUAAAUAAUUAUACCAGCUUUUCAAAGGAACGUGCAGGUUCUAUCCUGUAUAUUAGGGACCAAUAAAUAACUUUUUUUUGUACUCAGGUUUAUGUGUUUUAAGUUAAAAUAAUGAGGAGAAAUGGCAUUCGUGGAAUUGACUCUUCAAUAUACUUAUGUAAUGUUUUUUUUUUUCAUAACUGACAUGAAUUUAGUUGAAUUUUCAUUUUAAAUGGAACAGUGUAAGGGAUUUUGAUGUUUUUCUGCUGUAUUUUUAAAAUAUUUUAUUGAUUGCAUUAAUUUCAAUCUGAUCAACAAAACUUGAUAGUGUAUGGCUUUGUGUACCAUUAAGGAUAAGAUUUUUUUAAUAUUUUAAUAAUUUAAUUGCACCAUACUGGAAAACAGAUGUUUGACUUGGAACAGUUUAUUCUGUAGUAUGUACAGAUCUUCCUAUUAAAACACUUUAUACAGUA